AUGUCAGCAACCAAACUUCUUCCUGCGCAAGAAAGCACAUCAAAUAGCACGAUCAAUUCUAAAGAAAAAAAGCCUAGAGCUAACACAUCAAAACUUCCAAUAAAAAGAGCUCGAAAUUCUGAUUCAUAUAAUAAAGAUUUAGAAAAAAAGGCAAAAUACCAACAACUUUUAGGCCAAAAUCAGGCUCUUCGCAAAGUUGUAAAGCAAAAAGAUAUUGAAUUAAAUGAAUGCUUAAAUAAAAUGUCAACCCUGGAAGAAUGAAUGAAAGCCCAAGUGAAUGAAUUAACAGUAAAAAUAGAAGGAUUAAAACAAAGAGAUGGAAAAAACCUGACUGCGUUAUUAGAAAUGAUACAAGAAGGGAUUACGAUAAGAGAUAAAAAUAUUCAAACAAGAAUUGAAGAAAUCGAGAAUAAAUUACCAAAAAACAGCCAAGAAAAUUGAAUAGAAAAAGAAAUCCCCAAAAGCAAAGAUACCAUCUGCGUUGAAAUUAGUGAAGAAGAAUGGUCAAAAGCAGCAUGGAACCGAAUCCUUAAAAAGGGUUAA